CAGGCCCAGCGGUGGUACCAUACAGACAUCACAGCCAACCACCAGAGCUAUCUGCUGAAGCAGUUGGAUGAUCAGAGGCGUCAGGAGCUGUUCUGUGACUGCAACGUUCUGGUGGAGGGCCAGCUUUUCAAGGCCCACCGCAAUGUCCUUUUCGGCAGCAGUGGCUACUUCCGUAUGCUGCUCUCCCAUGGGGCCGAUGACAAUGCCGAACCGGUCAGCACCUCCUUCGAGGUCUUUAGCCCUGACACAUUCACCGUCAUCCUGGACUUCAUCUACUCUGGACAGCUGGACCUGUCCAGCCACAAUGUGAUCGAGGUGAUGUCUGCUGCCAGCUACCUGCAGAUGAACAACGUCAUCAGCUACUGCAAGGACUUCAUCAAGUCCUCCCUGGAGAUCAGUGCCAAAGAGGAUGACGUCCGCUACCUCAGCUUGUCUGAGAAUAGCUACCCCCAGGGGGGUAGGGAGGACAACGCCAUAGACCACCAAGCAGCCGGCUCCAUCAGCCCUCCCUCUGCCCUCUGGACCCAUGACAGCUCCAGGCCCCAGUCCUCCAGGUACCUGGUGAAGGAGUCAGACCUGGAUGCUGCAGUCCUGAAGCAGGAUCUCAGCUCCCCUCAGCCCAGCCAGCAGCACAGCCCUGAGGUGGAGGUGCUGCCGAAUGCAGAGGAGCCCCAGUUUGCCCGGCCUCGUGCGGAGCGCAGACGGAGAGGGGCUGGCAAGAGGAAACCCUACUGCAUGCGCUCCUCAACAGAUGAGGCCCUGGCCAUCCAAGAGGCCCGGUCACAAACAGCACAGAAGGCAGACGAACUGUAUGCCACUCUACCUACCAUUGUGGGUGUUGUGGGACUCUUCAACAAAGGUGAGUGCGGUGAUAUUAUUAUUGACCCUUAUUAAUUAUUAGGUUCUUAGGGUAAACACGGGUUCUAAUUAAUGUCCCCCCAAUCUCCCCUUAGACCCUAACCCCUCCAUGCGCUUCAAGUGCCCGUUCUGCACUCACACGGUCAAGAGGAAGGCAGACCUGAAGAGGCACCUGCGCUGUCACACUGGCGAGCGGCCGUAUCCCUGCCAGGCCUGCAACAAACGCUUCACCCGCCUGGAGCACCUCCGCAGCCACUUCGAGACAGUGAGUCAUCUAGGGCUAAAACAUGGUGGGCAGAUUUACAGGGGUAGACAUUCUAUUAGUGUUUUUCCUGUAUAAUUUCUCAAUUUGUUUCCCUGAUUGAUGCGCUACAGAUCCAUCAGGCCAGGAAGCUGGUGUGCAGGAAAUGUAAGCGGCAGGUGACAGAGCAGAGUGGGCGGGUGGUGUGUGAGGGCUUGCGGCGCUACCGAAUGUGUACUGAGUGCAUCCAGGAGACGGGCUGUGAGGAUCUGCCUAUCGAUGGCCUGGAGGGGGCUAGCGAGGAGCCUGCCCUGCUGCUGGGGGUGGAUGGGGAGGAGGAGGAUGGAGACACACAGAGGAGCUGGCUGGUAAACGAUGAUGACGACCUGGCAGAAGACUCAGGAGCUGACCUCAUCAUCCAGGAAGUGGAAGACAGCGAUGAGGAGCUUCAGUGA